CUUGGGGGACGAGUAAUGAAGUGGGUCACGUCUCUGAGAGAACCAGGUCCUGGGAAACAGUGGGCGGACAAGGCUUAUUUAAGGCUCUCUGAAGACAGGGAAGCUUCAGAGAAGACCUGCAGGAUCCACACUCUCUAUCUCUCUCUCAGACGACUUCAAUGUUGAUGUGUGCCGAGGACAAGGAAAAAGCAAGACAGACUUCAGAAUAAGAAACCUUUAUCAAAAAGAGUUCCCAACGCACUCAAAGUCCUAGAGUUAAUGGCUGCCAGAACACAUUCACAAGCGAGGGAUACACCAACCUAGCCCAUGGCACGUACGCAUGCGCACCCGUGCGGCCGGAUGACGGUGCUUUCUUUAAGGGAAGACUUUUCAUCUGGUGUGACAAUGGCGAAGUCAGAGGUCCCGUGCCAUGUAGAAAUGGAUACACAUGGGACACCAGUGUCAACUCGUGCACUCCCGGACCUGCCAGGUGUGACCUCUCCAGUGACGUCAAGCCAGUAGUGACUAGUGCCAGGCCACCUGUGCAGACGACACCCCAGCCAGGACCCGCCACAACCAAGGUGCCUACCACCCAGCAACCCACAACCCAACGACCCACCACCCAACGACCCACAACCCAAAGACCCACCACGAAACAACCCACCACACGCCGACCCACCCACCCCAGCGGCCCAUGCAACCCAAGCUCGUGUCGGCUGCCGUCAUGUUUCUGCUACGGCGACACGCCCAUCGGCACCCCGCUCGCCGACACGCCACAGUUCCUAAUGCUGACCUUCGACGACGCCGUGACCCCCCAGGCUUACCAACAAUAUUACCUGCCCCUGCUGGUGCAAAAUAAAUACAACCUGAAGAAUCCAACCGGGUGCAAAGCCAGAACGGCUUUCUACGUCCAGCACGACUACACCGACUACGCCCUGGUCAAAAAGCUGUAUAAUGACGGCCACGAGAUAGCUUGUCACACAGUCCACCACACACUGCCCAAAGGAGACGACCCGAGCGACUUCGCCGAGAUGCAAAAUGAGAUCCAGGGACUCCGUGAUAUGAUGAUGAAGAACACCAACGACCAGGAAUUGGUGGAUGGCAUCGUUGGGUUCCGAGCACCGUACCUGCGAGUGGCCGGCAAUGUCCAGUUUGACGUGCUACAGAGCAACCACUUCCUCUACGACACCUCUAUCCUUAACGCCAAGACACAGAUUGGCAAGGACCCGCUGUGGCCAUACACUCUGGACUACGUAAUUGAGAGGAACGAGUGCAUCAACCCUCCAUGCCCCACCAAGCCUUACCCUGGCUUCUGGGAGAUCCCGCUCAAUGGCAUCAAGGGAGACAACGACUUUGACUGUAGCAUGGUGGACGCUUGUUGGGUCGGUGAGAACGCCAACACAGCCACAGAGGAACAGUGGUACAACUUCUUUAAGAGAAACUUCGAGGACUUCUUCUACCCUAAGAAAAUCCCCAUGCCUCUCUUCAUGCACGUCUCUCUCUUCAUGAGAAACCACAACGCCUACACCGGUCUAGGCAGGUUCCUCAGUGACAUGCUGACCACUCAUGACGACAUCUGGAUGGUCACGCCCAAACAGGUCAUACAAUGGAUGCAGGACCAACGCCCCAACUCCGAGAUGGUCGGCCAGAACUGGGGAUGCGCGUAGACUCCGUGACGUCACACGACGCAAAGGUCAAGGAUUUCUGGGGUUCACUGUUGUUGUUUUUUCCCCAGAGACACAAGGGGUGGGGGGAACAAUGCUUGUUAAGCCGUUUGCUUUUUUGAGGUUUCGUUGUUUCGUUAUUUUUUACUACAACUUUUCUUUUGUGUCGAUUCAUAUCUCUGUCUUAGCCACCAGCCGAUGUACCCAUGGCAUGUACAUUUGAGUAUUACAAAGCAUAAUACUAUUUCUUAUCAGAGUAUUGUAACUUUAUAAUACUGUACAUUGGAAAUUUUUUUACGUCUUCAAAAGUAGACUUUCCACAACCAAAAUGGCCAUAGUUUGAGCAGUGUCUCAUGGCGUUUGAAGCAGUGUUGUGUCUGAGUGCAGAGGAAGCCUAGAUUUAUUCACAUGAUGACAUACACUGACCAGUGACGUGAACAAGUAGUCUGCUUUAUUCAUGUGACAACAUACACUGAGCCGUGGCGUGACCAGAAAGUCUAGUUUUGUUCAAGUAACGACCUGCACAGAACAGUGAUAUGACCAGGUAGCCUGGUUUUAUUCACAUGACGACUGGCACUGACCAGUUACGUGACCAGAAAGUCUAGCUUUGUUCACGUGACGGCAGGAAAAGAACAGUAACGUUACCAGGUAGCCAGCUUGGCUCACGUGACGACUGGUAGUGACGACAUCAGAGUAGUGACGUGACCACGUAGCUAUCAUUCACGUGUCGACAGACACCGAGCAGUGACAGUGACGUGAUCAGAGAAUCCAGUUUUCUUCACAUGUUGACAGGCCAUCAUUUCCAGUCUACUGCAGCUCAUUUUCAGUUUCAAUCUUGUUUUCCAAGCCGCUUUCGAUUACAAAAUAAAGAUUCCAUCAUUCCUGUACUAA